GUUUUUUCCCUCCACCGUUCUAUUCCCCAAUAACAUUCCCCCGCACCACUGACGCCUCCAUCAAUUACGACCUUCCAGUUUCUUCCUUCACCGAAUCUCAUUCUAUCAUACCGUCUAUCUCUCAUCCAAUAUCCACCCUCUUACUCCUACGACUUCCAACUGCGGCGUCCCCCAAAACCAGCGCUAUCGCCGAAUUGAGCCUCGCCGAAUCCAUCUUCUAGAUCUUUUCCCUAAUUCCUUCACCGCCUUUUGUAUCCCAAUCGUCUUAAUCUCUUCCUGCUACUUCCACCGACUAUGAUUCCCCGUCUGGUUGCUUUGAUUCACAAAAAACCAUCUCAGAUUUCGUUGUCGGUAACGAUGGGAAUUGAGCGACGAUGAAGAUGACCAUCAAUCGGACUCCGAUUUACCUUUCGCCGACACCGCCUCUGCCAUAGCCUCCGUUCUUCUCAGUUCAUCCGGGUUCUCUUUGACGUCGAUGACUACCGCCUUCCACCGCCUGCUGCUUCAUCUUCCUCCUCAAAGCAAUCAAACUUGGAGUCGCGGAUUUCUAUAUGAUGUCGCAGUAGAUUUCUAAUUUCGGUAAUGAAAAAACUUUUUUCCUGUUAAAAGAUCAUUGAAAUUUGGUGCAAAUAUGGGAACGAAAGUGGUUCUUCCUCUCAAAAGUUUCAUGCUUUUGAGUGAUAUGUCGGUUUGUGAGGUUGUAGGGUUAUUAAAAUGAGAAUUCAUACGUCGCACAACAGCGACAACAUCAGUAGGCAGGAAAACGUUUCUUCUUCUCCAUAUUCAUCUUCAGCCUCCUGCCCUCCUCUCUCCUCUGAACACAACGGUUGGAAUCAAGUGAAUCAACAUUCAAGAUCAAAACAAGAAUGGGUUCUACAAAGAAUGGAUCAGAUGACCCGGUUAAGAGAUACGGGGUACAAGAUCCCGGUUAAGAGAUACGGGGUACAAGAUCCAACUAUUAAAAACAACUUCACAUGCAAUUUCUAUGGACAAGUGGUGAAGGGAGGUGUAUUUCGGCUCAAACAUCAUAUGGUUGGUGGUUAUAAGGACGUAAAGAAGUGUCCGAAUUGUCCGGGACAUGUACAAGAAGAAGUAAAAGCAUAUUUGGAAAAGAAACAGAAUUUAAAAGCUCAACAACAAAUGGAACAAGCACGAUUCCAGAUGUAUGAACCUGAUGAAUAUGAUGAUGUUGAUGAGGAAGAUGUUGUUGAAAUAGGCAGUAGUAGGAAAGGAGGGAGACAACAAACAAUCAAUGAAGUAUGUCGAAAGGAUCUCAGGGAUAGAAUUUGCCGUGAGAUUGCGAGAUGGUUUUACGAUGUAGCCAUUCCUUACAAUGUCGUGACAUAUAAUAGCUUCAAAGUCAUGGUUGAAGCUAUUGGACAGUUCCUUACAAUGCCGUGA